CAGAAAACAACGAGGUGACGAGAUGAAAUGAAACAGCAAGGGAGGGAACGGAAAGGCAGAAUGGAAAACGAUCGCCCGUUUAAAUCUUGAAUGCCAGUUUGGCUUCUCUUCUCCUUUUGCAUCUACAUUUCUCCAUGGAAGCACUGACAGAGCUCUGCGACUUAAUAUCUCAGAAUCCCUCACAGUUCGCCGAGAAAAUUGAAUGGAUUUGCGGCAGAUGCCCUCCUGCUGGUUCUCUCUCCGUUGGAUCUCAUAGGUUAACGCGGCUACACCUCAAUGCCGUUCUUGCGGUCGCGAGAUUUAUUUCUAAAUGCCCCAACCACACCGAAACCCACCCUAGAUCGCAGGUCAUCGAGUUUCUUCAAUCGAUUCAGGGCUCGUUUCGUCAAUCAUUCUGGCCGCAGUCUUAUGGGAUUGAUUCCAUCUCUGCCUUUUACUCUAAUUUCCUCGGUUAUGUUGCCAAGGCGGCGGAGUUAUCCCCUGAUUUCGCCAAGGAUGUCGCUGAAUUUAUGGGAGGGAUCGUUAUCAGUGCUGCUGCUAUCGCCAAUGACGAGGCGGGAAUAUCUAGGGUAUUCUUGAAUGCUGUGUCGCACAAUUGCCCGCCAAUUUUACCUGCUGAUGCCGAGAAGCUGGUUUCUUGUCUUUUGGAGCAGUUCUCUGUUGCUGCUCCUAUUACGCCCAGGGAGGCGGCACUUUCAAACUCAGAAACAUCAUCAUCGCAGAGCUCGCCGCUUGUUACGCACCACUUGCAACCGAAUGAGAGUACCAGCCCGGGCAAUGAAGUGAGCAAUGCCUCUGGGUCGUCGAGUAGCACGGUUUUGAGGGUUGCAGAUGAUAUAACUAUUGCGUCCUCGAGGGUUACGGCUGUGAAUGGCGGCACCAGUGCCUGGAGGCGCAGUGUCGAUCAGCUUGGUAUGAAUUUUGGGUACAAUGAUGGCGGAGGAGCAGGAGGCGCGGCCAUGUUGAGGCAGCAAAUUGCCUUUUUGGAAGAGGAGUCUGUGGAGAGCUUGGAAAAACAAGAGAUCGCCUUCAGGUUGCUGUGGCACAUUGUAGAUAAAGUCCAUCUCAAUGACGUGCAUUUGGACCUGGUCAAGAUGGUUUCGAAGAAGCAGCUCCAAUCUUCACUGGCUUUUAUCAAGAUAAGGAAGCGUGACUGGACAGAACAGGGGGCCCAACUAAAAGCUAGAAUUGAUACAAAGUUAUCGGUUAUCCGAGUUGCAGCCCAAUUACAUGUAAAAACUCUUGCAUCCCUUGAUUCGGAUGGGAAAUCCUCAAAGAGAUUGUUGCUCGAGGCACUGACAUUGCUCACCGAUGUUGCGGAAGCUUGUUUAUUCUCUGUGUGGAGGAAGCUGAGAAUCUGUGAAGAGCUGUUCAGCUCCUUGCUUAAAGGUGUCGCACAGAUUGCUGUCACUCGUGGGGGUCAGCUGUUAAGAGUUCUGUUUAUUCGUUUGAAGCCUCUUGUGCUGACAACAUGCGCUCAGGCUGAUACAUGGGGAAACAGUCAGGGAGCCAUGUUUGAGAGUAUCACAAAUACAAUCUGUGAGAUAAUAGAAUUUGGUUGGAGCAAGGACCGGGCUCCAAUGGACACUUUUAUGAUGGGAUUAGCUUCAUGCAUUCGUGAACGAAAUGAUUACGAGGAGCAGGACGGGAAAGAGAAGCAGCCAGUUCCUGUUUUGCAGCUUAAUGUUAUACGCUUGCUAGCAGAUUUGAAUGUUUCUGUUAAUAAGUCUGAAAUGGUAGACAUUAUAUUGCCACUAUUUAUUGAAAGUUUAGAAGAAGGAGAUGCUUCAACUCCUGGCUUGUUGCGUCUACGACUUCUUGAUGCUGUAUCUCGCAUGGCUAGUUUGGGUUUUGAAAAAUCCUAUCGUGAGACUGUAGUUCUGAUGACAAGAAGCUAUUUGAAUAAACUUUCGACUAUAGGAUCUGCAGAAAGCAAAACAAUGGCUCCAGAAGCCACUACAGAACGUGUAGAGACUCUUCCUUCAGGGUUCCUUCUGAUUGCUAGUGGUCUUACCAGUCCUAAAUUGCGGUCAGACUAUCGUCAUCGAUUGCUAUCUUUGUGCUCUGAUGUUGGGUUGGCUGCAGAGUCCAAAAAUGGCAGGAGUGGAGCGGAUUUUUUGGGGCCUUUACUUCCUGCUGUUGCUGAAAUAUGUUCUGAUUUCGAUCCAACUGUGGAUGUGGAACCUUCAGUUUUGAAGCUUUUUCGGAACUUGUGGUUCUAUGUUGCUCUUUUUGGCUUGGCACCUCCUAUUCAGAACAGUCAGCUUCCAACAAAAUCAAUCUCCACUACACUAAAUAGUGUUGGAAGCAUGAGUGCCUUGGCUCUUCAAGCUGUGGCUGGACCAUAUAUGUGGAAUAGCCAAUGGUCUUUGGCUAUCCAGCGCAUUGCUCAAGGAACCCCUCCUCUUGUUGUUAGCUCAGUCAAAUGGCUUGAAGAUGAGUUGGAACUUAAUGCUCUUCACAACCCUGGCAGUCGUCGGGGUAGUGGCAAUGAGAAAGCUGCCGUAGUCCAAAGAGCUGCUCUUUCUGCUGCUUUAGGAGGGCGGGUUGAGGUUGCAGCAAUGAGCAUGAUUUCAGGUGUGAAGGCAACCUAUCUCCUUGCAGUAGCUUUUCUGGAGAUUAUACGUUUCAGUAGCAAUGGCGGCAUCCUUAAUGGCAGUGCUAGUUUGAGUGCUUCAAGAAGUGCAUUCAGCUGUGUGUUUGAAUACCUCAAAACUCCAAAUCUAAUGCCAGCUGUCCUUCAGUGUUUGACUGCAAUUGUCAACAGGGCUUUCGAAACAGCAGUGUCAUGGCUGGAGGAUCGAAUAUCUGAAACUGGUAAUGAAGCUGAGCUAAGGGAGUCUACGCUUUCUGCUCAUGCUUGCUUUCUUAUCAAUAAUAUGUCUCAAAGGGAGGAACAUAUUCGGGAUAUUUCUGUUAACUUAUUGACUCAACUUAAAGUUAGGUUUCCACAGAUCUUGUGGAGUUCGUCAUGUCUGGAUUCAUUGCUGUUCUCUGUUAGUAAUGAACCGCCUUCUACCGGUGUAAAUGAUCCUGGUUGGGUAGCGACAGUUCGUUCUUUGUAUCAAAAAAUUGUUAGGGAAUGGAUCACUAAUGCACUUUCAUAUGCACCAUGCACCACUCAGGGUCUUCUACAGGAAAAGCUUUGUAAAGCAAAUACAUGGCAGAGAACCCAGCCUACAACUGAUGUAGUUUCUCUUCUGUCGGAGAUACGAAUUAGUACUGGGAAAAGUGAUUUCUUGAUGGGCAUACACACAGCUAAUAUUCCUGCAGUUAUCGCUGCUGCUGCUGCAGCUUCAGGAGGAAAUUUAAAAUUGACUGAAGCUUUUAACUUGGAGGUGCUCUCCACUGGUAUUGUCAGUGCAACAGUCAAGUGCAACCAUGCUGGGGAAAUUGCUGGAAUGAGAAGGUUGUAUGACAGCAUUGGUGGUUUUCAAACUGGUGCAUCACCAAUGGGCUUUGGGCUGGGUGCGAGCCUUCAGAGGUUGAAAUCUGGGGUGUUUCCUCAACAGUCACGACCUGAAAGUGAGUCCUUCAAUGAGAUGCUUCUUAUGAAGUUUAUGCGGCAACUUCAACAAUUUGUUAACAUAGCUGAGAAAGGUGGGGAGAUAGAUAAGUCACAAUUUCGUGAAGUAUGUUCCCAGGCAACUGCAUUACUUCUCUCAAAUCUGAGUUAUGAUUCAUCGAAUCUAGAAGGCUUCUCACAACUUCUUCGACUUCUUUGCUGGUGCCCCGCUUAUAUCUCGACUCCUGAUUCAAUGGAGGUUGGCAUAUUUGUCUGGACAUGGUUAGUCUCUGCUGCUCCCCUGUUGGGGUCUCUUGUCCUUGCAGAGCUUGUUGAUGCUUGGUUGUGGACAAUAGAUACAAAACGGGGUUUAUUUGCAUCUGAUGUGAGGCAUUCUGGACCUGCGGGAAAAUUAAGACCCCAUCUUUCACCAGGGGAGCCGGAAAUGCUGCCUGAUAAGGAUCCUGUGGAAGGAAUAGUUGCUCAUAGAUUAUGGCUUGGGUUUUUUAUUGAUCGCUUUGAGGUAAUUCGACAUGACAGUGUUGAGCAACUCUUGCUUCUUGGGCGAAUGUUACAAGGCACUAUGAAAUUUCCUUGGCAUUUCUCACGCCAUCCAGCAGCUACUGGUACCUUUUUCACUGUCAUGUAUCUUGGGCUUAAAUAUUGCUCAUGCAAGUCACAGGGUAAUCUGCAAAACUUUAAAACAGGGCUUCAGUUGCUGGAGGAUCGAAUUUAUCGAGCCUCGUUGGGUUGGUUUUCCUAUGAACCUGAAUGGUUUGACAUGAACAACAAGAAUUUUUCUCAAAGCGAGGCUCAAUCUGUUUCUAUAUUUGUCAAUUAUCUUGUGAAUGAGCGAGUGGAUGGUCAAUCGGAUUCAUCUUUGAAGAGACGGGGACGUGCAAGUGGAAGUUCUUUGGGUGAUGUGAAGGAUCAAUAUCAUCCCGUAUGGGGCCACAUGGAGAACUAUGCUGUAGGAAGAGAGAAACGGAAACACUUGUUGUUAAUGCUAUGCCAGCUUGAGGCUGAUAGGCUUGAAGUCUGGGCUCAACCUCUGAAUUCGAAGGAUAACACAUCUUCUCGGCCUAAGAUUAGCUCAGAGAAAUGGAUUGAAUAUGUUAGGACUUCAUUUUCUGUGGACCCACGGAUUGCUUUGUCCUUAGCGUCAAGGUUCCCAACAGUUUCCUCUUUGAAGGCUGAAGUAACCCAACUGGUUCAAUCAAACAUUGUAGAGAUGCGCAGCAUACCUGAAGCUUUACCAUUUUUUGUUACUCCGAAGGCAGUUGAUGAAAAUUCAGCACUUCUACAACAACUUCCACACUGGGCUGCUUGUUCAAUAACUCAGGCUCUUGAGUUUCUUACUCCUGCAUAUAAAGGUCAUCCACGUGUCAUGGCAUUUGUUCUUAGGGUUUUGGAGUCCUAUCCUCCGGAACGAGUGACCUUUUUCAUGCCCCAGCUUGUGCAAUCUUUACGAUAUGAUGACGGGAGGUUAGUAGAAGGAUAUUUGCUUAGAGCAGCUCAAAGAAGUGAUAUAUUUGCUCACAUUUUGAUAUGGCAUCUACAGGGAGAGACAAGUGUCCCAGAAUCAGGGAAAGAUGCAGGUUCUGCAAAGAGUAGUUCAUUUCAAGAGCUGUUGCCUAUGGUUAGGCAAAGAAUUAUUGAUAGUUUCAACCCAAAGGCCCGUGACUUGUUUCAAAGGGAAUUCGACUUUUUUGACAAAAUCACAUCAAUUUCUGGUACACUGUUUCCACUUCCAAAGGAAGAACGCCGAGCUGGCAUCCGGAGAGAAUUGGAAAAAAUUGAAAGGGAUGGGGAUGACCUUUAUCUACCAACUGCUCCCAGCAAACUUGUUCGUGGAAUUCAAUUGGAUAGUGGGAUACCUCUACAGUCAGCUGCGAAAGUUCCUAUUAUGAUCACAUUUAAUGUGGUCGAUAGAGAUGGAGAUCACAACAUUAUAAAACCACAAGCAUGCAUCUUCAAGGUUGGAGAUGAUUGUCGGCAGGAUGUUCUUGCCCUUCAAGUGAUUUCACUUCUCAAAGACAUUUUUGAAGCAGCAGGGCUUAACCUCUACCUGUUCCCAUAUGGAGUUCUUCCAACUGACCCAGAGAGAGGCAUAAUCGAGGUUGUCCCUAAAACACGGAGCAGAAGCCAGAUGGGUGAAACCACUGAUGGUGGAUUGUAUGAAAUUUUUCAACAAGACUAUGGGCCUGUUGGCUCCGCCAGUUUUGAAGCUGCCCGUGAUAAUUUCAUAAUUAGCAGUGCUGGUUAUGCAGUUGCCAGCCUCUUACUUCAACCAAAGGAUCGUCAUAAUGGGAAUCUUCUUUUUGACAAUGUUGGCAGGCUUGUACACAUUGAUUUUGGUUUUAUCUUGGAAACUUCCCCUGGUGGCAAUAUGCGUUUUGAAAGUGCUCAUUUUAAGCUGAGCCAUGAGAUGACACAAUUGCUUGACCCAUCUGGGGUGAUGAAAAGUGAAACCUGGCAACACUUUGUAAGCUUGUGUGUGAAAGGGUACCUAGCUGCGCGACGUCAUAUGAAUGGGAUCAUCAACACAGUACUGAUGAUGGUUGACAGUGGACUACCUUGCUUCAGCCGGGGAGACCCCAUAGGAAAUCUACGCAAGAGACUCCAUCCCGAGAUGAGUGAACGUGAAGCUGCUAAUUUCAUGAUUAAAACCUGUGUUGAUGCCUACAACAAGUGGACUACUGCAGGCUACGAUUUAAUACAGUAUUUGCAGCAGGGCAUUGAAAAGUAGAAGCUUAUCGACCACACUCACUGUACUUAUUGUUUGUUGCUAAGUGUAUCUCAUCAUUGUUAACCCGUUACUUUGUAGAAAGAAUUUUUCUUGGGAGGUUUUCUAUUUGACAAUUCUAAAAAAGAUUGUAAAUGUGAAAACACCCGAAAGAACCAACAGUUCCUUGUAAUGGGAUUAUGUCCUGAGUUCUGUUGAAAUACAAAGUCUGUACCUUGUAACUCCAAUUUAUCAAUAGAAAAAUGUUAGGUUCUUUU